AUGCUUCUUCGCCCGUGCUCCCUCCCAAAUCUCCACCUGGCAGUCCCGCCGUCUGCUCCUAAAAGAACAUCCUUCUCUCUCAUCAGAGUCGCACGCGACCAAAUCCAACUUCGCCACGCUCGCCGAUUUUCCUCGAGACCAGCCUUGUGCAAUGCAGCAUCCCCACCCACACACUAUGACGUCCUCAAGCUGCUUCCAACAGCAACUGCGGCAGAGCUGAAACGGCAGUUCUACGUUCUUUCCAAAGAAACGCAUCCGGAUCACAACCGCGACGAUCCAAAGGCCGCCGAUCGCUUCGCCCAGAUCAGCGAGUCGUACUCGGUAUUGGCGAAUCCGGAGAAGCGGAAACGCUACGAUCGCGAUGUAAUGCGCGCCCACCAUGCUUCCCACCACCGCCGACACCAUGGCUCGCACUCGUCUCAUAGCACCUACGCAGGCUCACGCCCUGCAACCGGCCUCAGCAAGCGCCGCAGCGCAUUCAAAGGCCCGCCCCCCAGCUUCUACGCCCACGGGAAUCCCUCCGCCCACACCGCGCAGCAGACACAAUCGUCCUCAUCGGCCACCGGCCCAAACCACCACAAGGCAGGGACAUUCAACGCAGGUGCAUACACAGACCCCGGCCACUACGAUUCAGCAUUCAACUCAUCGGCAGUCUACAAAACACAAACACAUGAAGACUAUCGACGAACGAAUCGGCGGGCGGCUGAAGCUGCCGCGAUGCAGGCAAUGGCAGAGGACGAAGGGAAUUUCUGGACUCGAUUUAUCGUCGUGGGCGGCAUCUUAGUCCUUAGCGUCACCUUUGCCUCCUUCAUCGCUGCUACGUCAAUGCCUUCAGGAAGGGGCGGACUUGUGAAAGCUGAUGGUAGCCGCCGCGAUGGAUUGAAGAGAUAA